ACCGAUUGGACGCGUUUGAGCGCUGGCCAACUAGAAGGCAUUGUUUUCCGCUCGGGGCUACGCGUGCGCGUCUCCGCAAAGUCACAAUCAAAGACAAAUGCAAAGCCAGCAAAGCAAAAGGCAAACGCAAACACAAAGUAACAACCUCGACGGUCGAAAUUACCGGUUUUUCGCCAGCACUCCGCUCUCUGUGAAUUUUUGCGCGCGGUCUUUCCUUCGCCUGCUCUUUUCCGAAAAGUGCGUUGGCUUUUCCCAGCAAAACACCACCCUCCCUUUCGCCACCCACCGUGAAAACAGAGAGCUUAGCUACCGGUCGGGGUUAUAGUCUGUUUACUAUAUCACACGGAAUUCCCCGAAUCCAAAUAGUUUAAUCACAGUGCAAAAGUGAGGCCGGCAAACUGGCCAGUGCUAAUUAUAAUAUAUUGUGUUAAUAAUACAAACACAAGGUGCAAGAGGAAAACACACGGAUGCGCGAUUUUAAAUGCCAUAUAUGAUAAAUAUUUAACAAUGCAGCCGUGCAGCUAAAGCGGAUUAUUGGCCACCGACGCGUGGAAUUCAGAAGCAGAGCAAACAAAGGCCUGCCUGGCAUCGCAUCAACUUGAGGAAAUACAGAUGGCCACGCCCGCAGCGCCGCCCACCGAUGAUAAUUGAAUAGGAGCAUUAAUUGCACUGUGGUUUGUUGGGUCUCGCACCACACCCACAUCAACACACACUCGCCACACACACGGGCAGGAACCGAACACACACCGACCGCAAUCAGGCCACGUGGUUGAGUCAUGCAGCCGAGGGAGAUCCCCCGGUGGCCCCACGGCCUGCUCCUUUUGGUCCUUGUGGUCCUCCUGCAAUCAUCGCUCGUCAAGAGCUACCUGAUUAUCGUGCACGAGGACACGCCUCCCGGCACUGUAAUCUUCAACGCCUCCGUCUACAAACUUGGCUCCGAGCGCCAUUACAAGAUCAAUGCCCACAAGUCGGCCAACUUUGUGCACCACUUGGUCUCAGUUAGCCACAAGGAUGGCCAGAUUCAGCUGAGGAAGGCCCUCAAAUGCGAUGGCAUCUACUACCCGAAUCUGUUCACCUUCUACGUGGACUCCACCUCGAACCGACUGCGCAGCAUAGAUUACUAUAGCCUGCCGGUGCGAAUUUUCGUCUCAGGUCACAGUUGCAACGAGGAUAGGAGAAUAGAGCAGGAGCUGCACCACCACCACUACGAGGAGGAGGACAAUACGGGCUACUCCAAGCGCAGGCGAAGGCGAUCCACCCAGGAGAUAGUCCAGCUGAAUGGCAACCAGCUGGAGGAGGUAUUCCGCCACAACAGCACGGAGUUUCGAGCCGGCGAUCUCAUCUUCGGCGACAGCUUCGACAACGAGAUGAGGCACAGGAUACUGAGUCGGAAGCGAAGAGCUGUGGGAACGGCGGAUCCGCUGCAUCUGCAACCCGCACUGCACCGCCGGAUUUCCGAUGCCAAGCAGUGGAUCUCGGAAACGUACGCCUCGUAUGCAAUCCACACCACGGACAAGUGGAACCAGAUCUGUCUGAGACGAUCGCAGUUCAUCAACAGCCUGAAUGCCUUUCUGCCGCGAUCCGUUUGCCAGCAUUGCAAGGUUAGCUUCCUGGACGUGAACGAUGAGCGAUUCGCCAUCGAGCACCAGAGCAGGGAUCUGGUGGCCAGCAGGGAUGUCUGCAUCGCGGAGUCCAUGUGGAAAGUGAGCAUAACCUUCAACAUCCGGUGCGAUCGACGUGACAUUGUGGAUUCAGACCAUCGUCUGAAGAUCGUGUACCACCACCAGGAGUUCAACGAUACGGAUAUCGCUCGAAGGGUGCGGAGGGAGUUGCGCAAUCAGUCACCCUACUUCGAACAGGCUCUCUAUGUGGCCUCGGUGCUCGAAGAGCAACCGGCAGGAUCUGCAGUGACCACUGUGCGGGCCCGAGAUCCCGAAGAUUCACCAGUAGUCUACUCCAUGGUCUCUCUGCUGGACUCCCGCUCUCAGUCCCUGUUUAAGGUGGACUCGCGGACUGGUGUGGUUACCACCUCGGCCAGCUUGGAUCGGGAGCUCAUGGACGUGCACUACUUCCGGGUGGUGGCCACCGACGACAGCUUUCCACCGCGGUCCGGUACCACAACGUUGCAGGUGAACGUGCUGGACUGUAAUGACCACAGUCCCACCUUUGAGGCGGAGCAGUUCGAGGCGAGUAUCCGCGAAGGAGCCACCGUGGGAUCUACGGUUAUCACGCUACGUGCAACCGAUCAGGAUAUUGGAAAGAAUGCGGAAAUCGAAUACGGAAUCGAGGCAGUGACUGAUGGCGCAGGAUUGGCCCAGGAUCAAGAGAUGCCCAUUUUCCGGAUCGACUCUCGCUCGGGCGUAAUCUCUACGAGGAGCAGUCUGGACCGGGAGACAUCGGACAGCUACCACCUGCUGGUGACCGCUGCCGAUAUGGCAUCAGCGCAGAGCGAACGACGGACAGCCACUGCCAGUGUCCAAGUGAAAGUCCUCGAUGACAACGACAACUACCCACAGUUUAGUGAACGUACCUACACGGUCCAAGUGCCGGAGGAUCAGUGGGGCGGCACUGAAGAUAAUACGGUGGCCCACAUUCGGGCCACGGAUGCGGAUCAAGGCAACAAUGCAGCCAUUCGAUACGCAAUUAUUGGUGGAAAUACGCAGUCACAGUUCUCCAUCGACUCUAUGUCCGGUGAUGUGAGUCUUGUGAAGCCGCUGGAUUACGAGAGUGUACGCAGUUAUAGGCUAGUGAUUCGUGCCCAAGAUGGAGGAAGUCCCUCAAGGAGCAAUACCACCCAGCUCCUGGUAAACGUAAUCGAUGCAAAUGACAAUGCCCCGAGGUUCUACACCUCGCAGUUUCAGGAAAGCGUCCUGGAGAAUGUCCCAGUGGGUUACAAUAUCAUAAGGGUGCAGGCCUACGACUCCGAUGAAGGUGCGAAUGCAGAGAUCACAUAUAGUAUUUCCGAGAGAGAUGACAACUUUCCGCUAGCCGUGGAUCCUCGAACCGGUUGGGUUCAGACCAUCAAGCCGUUGGAUCGCGAGGAGCAGGGUCGCUUUGCCUUCCAGGUGGUGGCCAAGGAUGGAGGUGUACCCCCCAAGUCGGCCAGCUCAUCGGUGGUGAUAACCGUGCAGGAUGUGAACGACAACGAUCCCGCCUUCAACCCCAAGUACUACGAGGCUAACGUGGGCGAAGAUCAACCGCCAGGCACGCCGGUUACCACAGUCACAGCCACCGAUCCGGAUGAGGACUCACGCUUGCAUUACGAGAUCACCACAGGCAAUACAAGAGGUCGCUUUGCGAUCACAUCGCAGAAUGGGCGUGGUCUGAUUACCAUAGCCCAAUCGCUUGACUACAAACAGGAAAAACGCUUCCUGCUUACCGUAGCGGCCACCGAUUCCGGAGGUCGUUCUGAUACUGCCACCGUGCACAUAAACAUUACGGAUGCCAAUAACUAUGCUCCCAUAUUCGAGAAUGCUCCUUAUAGCGCUUCGGUGUUCGAGGACGCACCAGUGGGCACCACUGUGCUGGUGGUAUCCGCCACCGAUAGCGACGUUGGAGUGAAUGCACAGAUCACUUACUCCCUGAAUGAGGAGAGCAUCAACGGCUUGGGAAGUCCGGAUCCAUUUUCGAUCAACCCGCAGACGGGUGCCAUUGUAACUAAUGCUCCGCUGGAUCGAGAGACUUCCAGUGGAUAUCUACUUACCGUGACUGCAAAGGAUGGUGGUAACCCAUCGCUGAGUGACACCACCGACGUGGAGAUCGGUGUGACCGAUGUCAAUGACAAUGCUCCUGCUUUUAAAAGCCCGCUUUACCAGGCUUCCAUUUUGGAGGACGCUCUCGUGGGCACUUCAGUCAUCCAGGUGGCAGCCAGCGAUCCGGACGUAGGGCUCAAUGGACGUAUCAAAUACCUGCUAGGUGACCGCGACGUAGAGGACGGUUCCUUUGUGAUCGAUCCCACUUCGGGUACUAUUCGCACCAAUAAGGGAUUGGACAGGGAGAGUGUGGCUGUCUUUCAUCUGACCGCUAUUGCCGUGGACAAGGGAUCACCACCGCUUUCCAGUACCGUAGAGGUGCAAAUUCGAUUGGAGGAUGUCAACGAUUCACCACCAACUUUUGCCUCGGACAAGAUCACACUAUAUGUGCCGGAGAAUUCGCCAGUGGGAUCUGUCGUGGGUGAGAUUCACGCCCACGAUCCCGACGAGGGCGUUAAUGCAGUGGUACACUAUUCGAUCAUCGGCGGCGACGACUCCAAUGCCUUCUCCUUAGUAACUCGACCUGGUUCUGAACGAGCCCAACUGCUCACCAUGACGGAACUGGACUAUGAAUCCUCGCGAAAGCGUUUUGAAUUGGUGGUUCGAGCAGCAAGUCCUCCGUUGCGUAACGAUGCCCACAUUGAGAUCCUAGUCACGGAUGUUAAUGAUAAUGCUCCGGUGUUACGGGACUUCCAGGUGAUCUUCAACAACUUCCGCGAUCAUUUCCCCAGCGGUGAAAUCGGCAGAAUUCCAGCCUUCGAUGCGGAUGUGAGCGACAAGCUACACUACAGGAUACUAUCGGGCAACAAUGCCAACUUGUUACGUCUAAACAGCAGCUCAGGAGGAUUGGUACUAAGUCCCCAGCUAAACACCAAUGUGCCCAAGUUUGCCACUAUGGAGGUGUCCGUAUCGGAUGGAAUCAACGAGGCCAAGGCGAUUAUGCAGCUAUCAGUACGUCUUAUCACCGAGGAUAUGCUCUUCAAUUCGGUAACAGUCCGUUUAAAUGAGAUGACAGAGGAGGCUUUUCUUUCACCAUUGCUUAAUUUUUUCCUUGACGGACUGGCUGCGAUUAUUCCCUGUCCCAAGGAGCAUAUAUUUGUGUUUAGCAUCCAGGACGACACGGACGUGAGCUCACGCAUUUUGAACGUUAGCUUCUCAGCUCGCCGACCGGAUGUGUCCCACGAGGAGUUCUACACUCCGCAGUAUCUUCAAGAGCGAGUUUACCUGAACAGGGCCAUCCUAGCUCGCUUGGCCACCGUGGAGGUGCUUCCCUUCGACGAUAAUCUCUGCGUGCGGGAACCAUGUCUGAAUUUCGAGGAGUGCCUAACUGUCCUUAAGUUCGGCAAUGCCUCCGAGUUCAUCCAUAGUGACACGGUUCUCUUCCGGCCCAUCUAUCCAGUUAAUACGUUCGCCUGCUCCUGUCCGGAAGGCUUUACGGGCAGCAAAGAGCACUACCUUUGCGAUACGGAGGUGGAUCUCUGCUACUCGGAUCCCUGCCAAAAUGGAGGAACCUGUGUGAGGCGAGAAGGCGGCUACACCUGCGUAUGUCCAUCCUCGCACACGGGUCUGAAUUGUGAGACUGGAGUGGGUCAGCUGCGUCCUUGUCCAUCCGAAACAUGUGAGGGAGGGUUGUCUUGCCUGAGUAAUUAUCCUAGCUCCCAACCACCUCCUUAUACAGCUACUUGUGAGUUGAGAGCCCGUGCCUUUGGGCGCAACUCCUUCCUCACCUUCGAAAGUCUCAAGCAAAGGCAUCGCUUUAACCUCAAACUCCGCUUUGCCACAGUGCAGGAAAAUGGACUGCUUCUUUACAACGGAAGAUACAACGAGCUGCACGACUUCAUUGCUCUGGAGAUUCAUGAAGGUCACGUGAGCUUCUCAUACUCUUUGGGCGACCACAGCGAAAGGGUUUCGGUGAUGCAGGAAACAAAGGUUUCUGACGGAAAAUGGCACCAGGUUGAGGUGGUCUAUCUGAACCGCAGUGUCACCUUAGUGCUGGAUGAUUGCGACACAGCCAUUGCUCUCUCGGGACAACUGGGAGACAGAUGGAGCUGCGCUAAUCGCACUACUUUGAAAUUGGACAAGCGCUGCUCUCUGCUUACGGAGACCUGCCAUCGCUUCCUGGAUCUUACGGGACCCUUGCAAGUGGGCGGACUUCCUCGCAUCCCAGCCCAUUUCCCGGUGGCCAACCGCGAUUUUGUGGGCUGCAUCUCGGACUUACGCAUCGAUGAUCGAUUUAUUGAUCUGAACUCAUACGUGGCUGAUAAUGGAACUCUAGCGGGUUGUCCGCAGAAAGCUCCCCUCUGUCAAUCCGGGCCUUGUUUCAAUGGUGGCACCUGUCGCGAGGGCUGGGGAACAUAUUCCUGCGAAUGUCCCGAAGGAUAUGCGGGUAACAGCUGUCAGGACAAUAUACCAGCUCCAUGGCGCUUCUCAGGAGACGGGAGCCUCAGCUUUAACCCUCUUCUCCGGCCCAUCCAACUGCCGUGGACCACUUCCUUCUCGCUGCGCACACGGCAGAAAGAGGCUUUCCUCCUGCAAAUUCAAAUAGGUCAGAACAGUUCGGCGGCAGUUUGCCUAAGACAAGGAGUGCUCUACUACAUCUUCGAUGGGGAACCCAUGUUCCUGGCUGGAGCUUUCCUGUCCGAUGGCGAGUGGCACAGAGUGGAGAUUCGCUGGCAACAGGGCUCUGAGAUCCACUUCUCCGUGGACUAUGGGCAACGUUCUGGGUCGGUUCCCAUGUCACAGAAGGUUCAGGGGCUCUAUGUGGGCAAGAUUGUGAUGGGCAGUCCAGACGGCAGCAUUGGAUCAGUUCCCGAAGCUUCUCCCUUUGAGGGGUGUAUUCAGGAUGUGCGUAUUGGAGCAGGACAAUCGGUUCUUUCACGUCCAACAAUCAGGGAGAAUGUUGAAGAUGGCUGCGAGUCACGGGCACAGUGCCCGGAUCAUUGUCCUAACCACUCGUCUUGCCAGAGUACCUGGGAUCUGUCCACCUGUGAGUGUGACUCAGGAUUCGUGGGUGCGGAUUGUACCCCCAUCUGCACGGUGAGACCCUGUGCCUCUGGAGUUUGCAGAGCAAACACAAGUUUGUCCCGUGGUUAUGGAUGCGAAUGCAACAGCAGCUCCCGACAUGGCGAUUAUUGUGAAAGGGAACUUCAGCAACCAUGUCCCGGCGGCUGGUGGGGCGAACGGGUAUGUGGUCCGUGUAGGUGCGAUUUGGCCCAGGGAUACCACCCGGAUUGCAACAAAACCACCGGACAAUGCUACUGCAAAACGAACCACUACCAACCGCCCAACGAAACCGCCUGUCUCUCCUGCGACUGCUAUUCAAUCGGGAGCUUUAGUGGAGCCUGCAAUCCGUUGACGGGACAAUGUGAGUGUCGAGAGGGAGUAAUCGGGCGGAGAUGCGACUCCUGCUCCAAUCCCUACGCCGAGGUCACACUCAGCGGCUGCGAAGUGGUCUACGACGCCUGUCCUCGCUCCUUCGCCGGUGGCGUCUGGUGGCCAAGGACUCCUCUCGGCGGAGUGGCCAUCGAGGGAUGUCCGCUGCCCGCUCGAGGCAAAGGACAGCGUACCUGCGAUGCUCAGUCGGGAAGCUGGAACACACCGGACAUGUACAACUGCACUUCGGAGCCUUUCGUGGAGCUGCGACGUCAGUUGUCCCAAUUGGAGAAGCUAGAAUUGGAGCUCAACUCCUUUGUGGCGAUAAAAAUGGCGGAGCAGUUGAGAAAGGCCUGCGAGACGGUGGACAGAAGGGGUUCUGGCAAGGAUCAGAAGACCCCGGGAUCCGGACGCCCUAACAGGCGCUACAAAAUGGAAUCAUCCUUCCUGAUGAGCAACGGAGGAAACGUCUGGUCUCACGAACUUGAAAUGGACUACCUCUCCGAUGAACUGAAAUUCAGCCAUGAUCGUCUCUACGGAGCGGAUCUCCUGGUUACCGAGGGUCUCUUACAGGAGCUUAUCAACUACGAGCUCAUGCAGAGCGGCUUGAACUUGUCGCACAGUCAGGAUAAGUAUUUUAUCAAAAAUCUUGUAGAUGCGGCCAGUGUUAUUUUGGAUAGAAAAUACGAGGCGGAGUGGCGAAGGGCCACAGAACUAAUUCAGAGAGGACCCGAUGACCUGGUGGAUGCAUUCAACAAGUAUCUAGUGGUGUUAGCUCGCUCCCAGCACGAUACAUACACCAGUCCCUUCGAGAUUGUGCAGCCAAACAUGGCCCUCGGCCUGGACAUCGUCACUACGGAAUCCCUAUUUGGUUACGAGCCGGAGCAGCUGAGCGAAUACCACCGGAGCAAGUACCUCAAGCCAAAUGCCUUUACCACAGAGAGUGUGGUGCUGCCCGACACUAGUGGCUUCCUGCAACACUCGGCCCGCCAACGACCUGUGAUCAGCUUCCCCAAGUACAACAAUUACAUCUUGGAUCGGCGCAAGUUCGAUCAGCACACCAAAGUGUUAGUGCCGCUGGAGAUGCUGGGAAUCACGCCCCCGGAAAGCGAUGAGGUAUCAUCACGGAGGGGUGGUAGCCAUGACCACCGUGCCAUCGUGGCAUAUGCACAAUACAAGGAUAUUGGUCAGCUGCUGCCCGACCUGUAUGAUGAGACCAUAACCCGUCGUUGGGGUGUGGACGUCGAACUGGCUACUCCCAUUCUCUCCCUCCAGAUUUUAGUGCCGUCUAUGGAGCGGGAACAGGACACGCAACGCCUGGAGAUUCCCUCAAGAAAGAUAUCCUCAACCUCAUCCUCUUCAUCUGGCAGCGCUGAGCAACAGUUUGUGGAGGUGUUCGAUGUGCCUAAAGCUCCAACGAGCAGUAGCGAACAGCAGAUUGAGGACAUACGGAUAACAGCCCAUGAAAUUCCUCCACCAGCUAUUUCUGGAGAAAAACAGGAGGCUUCGAGUGGCGAAGAUGGUGAAGAAAGCGAGCCCCACAUUCACCUAAACCCGGACGACAUUGAGUUCCACGGAAACUCCGGCGAGGAGAUCAUAUCUCCAGACUCUCCCGAGGUGCUCAAUCCAAAUUAUGAAGGAGUAAGCUCCACAGGAAGCGAGGAGCAGUCAAAGGGAGAGAACGAAGCCGUGUACAGAGAUCGACGUUUGGUCAAGAGACAGGUAGAAAUCACAUAUCCAUCAGAGCAAAUGCAGCAGGCGGAGCAUGUGGUUUAUCGAUCCCUGGGGUCGCCUCAUCUCGCCCAACCCAUAAAGCUCCAGAUGUGGCUAGAUGUGGAUUCCGCUCGCUUCGGACCACGUUCUAACCCCCAGUGCGUGCGCUGGAACUCCUUCACCAACCAGUGGACCCGAUUGGGUUGUCAGACUGAGAUUCCUGACUUCGAUGGCGACUUCAAUCCGGCGGCACAACAAGUGAUCCUGGUGAAUUGCAGCUGCACCCACAUCUCCAGCUAUGCGGUGAUCGUGGACGUGAUUGAUCCGGAGGACAUUCCGGAACCUUCGCUCCUAGUGCAGAUCACCUCGUACUCAGCCUUUCUAGUUUCCCUUCCUCUGCUUCUGGGCGUUCUUCUGGCAUUGGCCCUUCUACGCGGCCAGCAAACCAAUUCAAACACCAUACAUCAGAACAUCGUGCUGUGCGUCUUCUGCGCCGAGCUGCUCUUCUUCGUGGGAAUGCAGUCGCGAAGACAGCUUUUGGAGAGCGAGUUCCCCUGCAAGUUGACGGCCAUCUGCCUGCACUACUUCUGGCUGGCGGCCUUCGCCUGGACAACGGUGGACUGCGUACAUCUCUACAGGAUGCUCACCGAGAUGCGGGACAUUAACCACGGACCGAUGGGCUUCUACUUCGCCAUGGGCUACGGCGCACCAGCCAUCGUCGUCGGACUUUCUGUCGGAGUUCGUGCUCACGAGUAUGGAAACAGCUUAUUCUGCUGGCUGUCAGUCUACGAACCUGUGGUGUGGUGGCUUGUGGGUCCCAUUGCGGGAAUGUCGGUGGUGAACCUGCUGAUCCUAUUUGUAUCCGUUAAAGCCGCCUUUACCCUCAAAGAUCACGUCCUCGGAUUUGGCAAUUUGCGUACCCUCCUUUGGCUGUCGGUGGUGUCGCUACCUUUGAUGGGGGUCAUGUGGGUACUGGCGGUGCUAGCCGCUUCAGAGCACUCCCAGUUGCUGAGCCUGUUGCUCUCCGGCGUAGUGCUCCUGCAUGCACUCUUCUGCCUCAUUGGAUACUGCAUCAUCAACAAGCGGGUGAGGGAGAACCUCCAGCGCACCUGUCUACGAUGCAUGGGCCGCAAGGUGCCCCUUCUAGAUUCCUCAAUGGUGGUCAGCAAUAGCUCGCACAACGUAAAUGGAGCACCGAGACCAAACAACUUCUUGGCAGGUGGAUAUGAUACCACCACGCGGCGGAAUAUAGGCAUCAGUGCUAGUAGCACUACCUCGAGAAGUACGGCCAAGACGAGUUCGAGUCCGUAUAGCGAUGGACAGCUGAGGCAGACCUCCACCUCCACCUCGAACUACAAUUCAGCCAGCGAUGCUCCCAGUUUCUUGAGGGGCUUUGAGUCCUCCACAACCGGACGGAGUCGGGGUGGCGAGGAGAAGCCAUCGCGACGCCAGAGGAAGGACUCAGACUCCGGUUCCGAAACGGACGGAAGAUCCCUGGAGUUGGCCAGUAGUCACUCCAGCGAUGAUGACGAAUCCCGAACUGCCCGGUCCUCCGGCACACAUCGCAGCACGGCCGUUAGCUCGACGCCCGCAUAUCUACCCAACAUCACGGAGCACGUGCAGGCCACCACCCCGCCGGAACUGAAUGUGGUGCAGAGUCCGCAGCUCUUCCCGAGCGUCAGUAAGCCCGUGUAUGCUCCCCGUUGGUCCAGUCAGCUGCCGGAUGGUUACCUGCAAUCUCCGCCGAACAUUGGACGAUGGUCCCAGGACACGGGGUCCGACAAUGAACAUGUUCACGGGCAGGCCAAGAUGACAAUCUCGCCAAAUCCCCUGCCCAAUCCUGAUCUCACGGACACCAGUUACUUGCAGCAGCAUCAUAACAAAAUAAACAUGCCUCCCUCGAUCCUAGAAAAUAUUCGGGAUGCACGAGACGGCUAUGAGGACAGUCUGUACGGACGAAGGGGCGAGUAUCCGGACAAGUAUGGCUCCUACAAGCCGCCCAGUCACUAUGGCAGCGAGAAGGACUAUCCCGGCGGCGGAAGUGGCUCCCAGACUAUUGGCCACAUGAGGAGUUUCCAUCCGGACGCGGCGUAUUUGAGUGACAAUAUAUACGACAAGCAGCGAACGCUGGGUAGUGGCUACUUGGGUGCCAAGUCGGAGUCGCCGUACCUCUCGAAAGAUCGCAUAACUCCCGAUAUCUAUGGGUCCAGGGAUGGUCAUUAUAGCCUAAAGAGGCAGCCUACCUAUACCACUGAUUCCCUGCACUCGGUGCACUCGCUGCUAAAGAACGAUUACCACCAGCAACAGCAACAUCAACAGCACCAGCAGCAGCAACUGCAGCAACAACAACACCAUCUGCAGGACAGGCUCUCCGAGGGUUCGGAUAAGAAUGGCUACCACUUCCCCUACACCGCCGAGGAGGACCAUCUGCCCGCCAGGAAGCUGAGCCACACGCAACCACCCUCGCUGCACGGAUCUCAGCUGAUGCAGCCACCUGGCUUGGGCCUGGUCAACGAUGUGAACAAUCCGGGAUUACUCGCAAGGCACACGAUAAACGGGGGUUCCAGACACAGUUCCAGAGCCUCCUCACCGCCCUCCAGCAUGGUGGCUCCCAUGCAACCACUGGGGCCACUGACCAGCAUCACGGAUACAGACUCAGAGGCGGAAUAUUGAUGAUGACGAGACCACAGUGUGACGACUAUCCCAGCAGCAAAAGCAGCAACAAUUAAAGCUGCAACAAAGGCAGAGGCAGCAGCAGCACCUGAAACAAUUGCAGCAGCAACGCACCAAGCAGCAGCAACAGACGCAAUACUUUGCCACCAUUAGACGCAAGCCGCAUUACAGGAUCCAUACGGAGGCUUGAGCUCCUGGCCAAAAUCCACAGCAUACUUCGUGGAGCAGCUGCCAUAGGUCCAUCAUCGAAACUUUGUACAUACCCGCACCCACUUAAUUUUACGUAAAUACAGCUUAGCAUACCUACAUUUACUCGUACGAAUAUGGGCAUAAAUAUUUAUUUAUACGAUCCCUUAGCAUUUACAUAAUUUAAAGCGCCAGUUACAGUUCGUUUGUAAUUGCAUAAUAAUCGUAUGCACACAGACACAGAAAUACUCAGCUUUAGCCUUGUGUAUGUAUUAUAAAUUAUAAUAUGUAAUUAUGUAUUAAAACAAGAGUCAGACUGAUUUUAUGCAUUUUACGUUCCGCUAUUUACUUUAAGCCCCACAAAACAUUCAGCCAGCAAGUUCAUGCACUUAGGUCCAAUUAACAUGUGUCCAGCCCCACGCCCGAUAUAGAAUCGGAAUAAAAGGGCUAUUUCGGGCUCUCAUGGCGUCAUUAGUUAGAGCAAACUGCAAGUAAACAAAUUCUAAGGUAGGAGAACGUUGUGUGCCUCGAGCUUAUUAUGCCAAAUUAGUCGAAGUCGAAGGGGAACUUGUACAUGAAAAAUAAUCAGCGAAAAGUUUGCAAUUCAUUUGCCAGCACCCGCACACGUUGCCAUUUAGUUUGGGAGUUAGUUUUAAUUGAUAGCAUUUACUAUCCGUACGAACGUUGCGAAUGUACAAUAAAAAAUCCACAUACGCGGCAAAAAUAAAAUAAAUUUUGGACACCCGCACGUAUUUAUGGGAAAUAUAGAACACAAAGGCGACACACACAAGCGCAGCAUAGACAUAUCCUGCAAUAUAUACUCGUACACAUAUAUCUGUCUAUUAUAUCGAAAUCCUGGAUGGAAAAAGCUUGCUCAAUAGUAUGAACCACGACUCAGCAAUAGCCACUCAUGUCCCUGAAAACUGUGUACAAUUUAUAAAUAAUUCAUAAGCGGAACUUACUGCAUUUGAACUCCACACAACUGCCACUCAACUGCCGACGUAAGCUACGAAUUGCGCUCGAAUGUGGCACACAUUAUAUAAUAUUUAUGUGAAUUGACUUAUUUAAUUGUAAAUUAUACAAGUACAUCAAUAUGAAUAAAAUGUGUAAAAUAUAUGGAGAAUAA